AUGGGAUCAUCAUUUUCAGAAAUUUUUCACUUGUCUCGGAAUCGGAGUCGAUUUUUGUGGAUCGUGGCAAUUAUUUGUUUUAUUAUUUUAUUUAUUUCAUUUGCAUUGUAUCAACAUUCAUUACUUUCUGCUAUUCGAAAAAGAUCAUCACCCCUCACAACGUUGAGUCAAUUAAAUAUUGCAAGAAAAUACAAGAUGGAACAAGAAGAAAAUAUUAUUGGAAAUGAUGAUCGGAGCCAUGACAACAACGUUCAACAUACGACAACGAACGAUGCAACCACGAGUUCAAAAUCCAAUCCUAACACUGUAGCAGAUAUUGCAACAAAAUCAAACACAGAAUUAUCACAUCCAUUCCAUCCAUACGCUCACAUCUUCUACUAUGCAUGGUAUCGAAAUGAAAAAUUUGAUGGAAAAUAUGAACAUUGGAAUCAUAAAGUGUUGCCACACUGGACCAAACACACAAAUGACCAAUAUAGUCAUUUAAUUGGAAAACCUCAUGAUCCAAACAAAUUGGAAUUGGCAACCAAUUUCUUUCCUUCAAGAGGUGCCUACUCGAGUACAGAUCGAGAAACUGUGUUAGAACAAUUCAAAGAAAUUCGUAAAGCAAACGUUCAUGUGAUUGUAUUGAGUUGGUGGGGCGUUUUUGAGGCUGAUGAAAAUGGUUCUAAUACUGAAUUAAUUACUCCUUUUAUCAUGAAAUGCGCAGAAGAGGUGGGCUUGCAAGUGAUUUUUCACAUGGAACCUUAUCCUAAAAGAAGUGCCGAAAGUAUCAAGAGAGAUGUCAUGUAUGUCAUUGACACGUAUGGAAAAUCGCCAGCGUUUUUCAGAUUCAAUGGAAAACCCCUUUUUUAUUUUUACGAUUCUUAUAUACUUUCUUCUGUGGAAUGGAGAAAAAUUUUAUCACCAGAUUCGUCACAAACACUCAGAAAUACGCCGUAUGAUGCUAUAUUUAUAGGCCUCUACCUUAACUCUGGAAUGAGAAAUACAUUGAAAGAGUCUAACUUUGAUGGAUUUUACACAUAUUUUGCUGCCGAUCGUUUCACAGAAGGUUCGACAUGCUCCAAUUGGAAAGAAAUUAAUGAAUGGGCCUCAUCCAAUCAUUUACUUUUUAUUCCUUCGGUUGCACCUGGAUACAUUGAUGAGAAAAUUAGACCAUGGAACUCGGCCAAUACAAAACCUAGAAAUGAUGGCAAGUAUUAUGAAAACAUGUUCAAUACUGCUCUGAGUUUGACUCCACUUCCAAGCUUUAUUACCAUUACUUCAUACAAUGAAUGGCAUGAAGGUACUCAAAUCGAACCUGCCAUUCCUAAAAACAUUCCCGAGUCGGAAGAUGCAUUUUCAAGAGCUGCAACGAAAUAUCUUGAUUAUUUACCUCAUGAUCCAGAAUAUUAUUUAAAGCUUACUGCAGAUUAUAUUCAGAAAUAUGUGUCACAAUUCACUACUUCGAGCAAGUAG